AUGGUCGCCCCCAAUACCAAUUCAACCUCUCACCCUAUUCGGGUCAAUUAUUUCGGACAGGCGGGAGUUGAAGCUGCUUCCCUUCACAUUAAUUCAAAAGGGUUUAUCUCUUCUCAUGCUUCUAUCGCCACCUCUGGGAUGAAUGGAGGUGCCCCCUUCGCCAAUCCUAUUCGCUUGACAUCUUAUGGAUCCACUGCUGACGCCGUCAAGCCCAAUUCCGUCUAUUCGAUGACUUGCAAGAUGAUUGGUACCAACGACGACAAAGAUGACCAUCUUCACUUCGAAAAUUCUGCACGAAUUGAUCUCGGUGACGUUGCGAGAUUCGGCGAGUCUUUUGCCGAGGAUCUCAUGGACAAGACCGUGAUGAUUGCGCUUGGGUAUGUGACAGCGCGCGAAACUGUGAAGGACCCUCUUUACAAAGGCAAAGCGACUGUUGUAAUUACGCUACAGUCCCAAGACUAUGAUCCUAUUCAACGACAGACAAAAAUUCCAGUGACGUUCUACACCAAGCAUCAUAUCCCUCCCGUUCGUAACAUGGAGAAAGCACAAAACAUAUGCCAAGUUGGCCGCGAGGUUCAAUUAGUUGGCGCCAUCAAGGAUUACAAUGGGGUGAACUUCAUGUGGGAAACUGAGGUUACUGCAAUCAGUCGCUGCACCGGGGAUGCCCCCAGUUUAGUUGAUAAGGUCAUCAACAAACCUGGUACUCCCAAAGGCGGACGAGUACCGUUAACGUUGAACAAGGCUAGCAGUGCCGCUAGCACCUCCGCUAACACUCUGGAUCCUAAUCCAAGCAGUACUCCACCCGUUCCACAAGGUACUGGCAACGUUAUCGACACCGCAGUCGAAAGCACCGAGGCAGAUGAGAACACCGAAGCCCCAGAAACUCCAGUGAAUUCUUCACCGCUAAAACGUCGACAAGUAUGA